CGGGGCCGCGCUGAGGGGCCGCGCGUGUCCGCGGCUCGGGGCUCUCCGGCCCUGAGGCCCCGGUGCGGGCCGAGCCCCGCGGAGCUGCCCCGGCUGCGCGCACCCUCAGCCGCGGCGGGCGGCUCCAGAAAGCGCCGCUUUGGUGUCUGGGCCGGCCGGGCCGCUGCUCGGCGCCCGGCGGAGUUGCGGGGCGAGAAGCCGCGGGCAGAGCGGUGCUGUGAGAGGACGGAGGCUCCAGCGCCGUUGUUCAGGAAGGAGAAACUUCACAGCCUUUCGAAAUACAAAACUGAUUCCCAUGGAAACAUCCUCAUCCUCUGAUGACAGUUGUGACAGUUUUGGUUCUGAUAAUUUUGCAAACACAAAAUGCAAAUUUAGGUCGGAUAUUAAAGAAGAACUGGCAAAAAUUUUUCAUGAAGCCUCUGAUGAUGAGUCUUUCUGUGGCUUUUCAGAAAAUGAGGUUCAAGAUGCAUUGAAAUUGGAAUCAGAUUCAGAUGAGAAUGACACAAGUGCUGGAAGUGAGAUGGGUCAGAGAGGGCGGAAAUGCCCUGUUCCUCUGAAAGUAGCCAUGAAGUUUCCACUUCGAAGAUCAGAGAGGAGGAAGGGUGGCGUGGAACCUGUUCCUGAAACACCAGUGCCUGCUCCAGAUUCAGACUCUGACACUGAAGAAAGUGGUGCUAUGUUUUUAGAAAAAAGAGCUUUAAACAUAAAGGAAAACAAAGCAAUGCUUGCAAAACUAAUGGCUGAGUUGCAAAAUGUUUCUGGUAUCUUUGGUGGGAGAAAAUCGUUGCCAGCUGUCAGUCAUCAGGGACCAAAGCGACUUCCAAGGCAUUCAUUGCCCAAAUGUGCCUUGAGGAGGAACCCAGACCGGAGCUCUCGGCCUCACACAAGGUCAAGGUCCUUGAUCGAAGGUCCUCCUACUCUGGUACCAGAAGAGGAAGAAGAUGACCGGUACAUCUUGGUGAGAAGAAGAAAAAUGUCUGAUGAAUACCUGGAGCAUGAAGCCCGUGCUCCCAGGAGGGGUCACCGUGGUGCCAUGGCUUUUCCACAUGUUGUGCGCCCAGUUGAGGACAUAACAGAAGAAGAGCUGGAUAAUAUUUGUGGAUCUGCAAGUGAAAAAGUAUAUAACAGGGCUAUGGGAUCCACCUGUCACCAGUGUCGCCAGAAGACCAUAGACACCAAGACAAACUGUCGCAACCCUGACUGCGUGGGGGUGCGGGGCCAGUUCUGUGGGCCGUGCCUCCGCAACAGAUACGGGGAGGAUGUCAGAGCAGCGCUGCUGGACCCGACAUGGAGGUGCCCCCCGUGUCGUGGAAUCUGCAACUGUAGCUUCUGCAGACAGCGAGAUGGCCGAUGUGCCACGGGUGUCCUGGUCUACCUGGCCAAGUACCACGGCUUUGACAAUGUCCACGCCUACUUAAAAAGUCUGAAACAAGAACUUGGAAUGGAAGACUGAAGCUGUGACUGCCUUCAAAUUGCAUACUCUUUUACCAAUGUAAUAUUAUUGUCUGCAGUGAAUUGUUUUAUCAAAUGAGAUACAAAGUGCCUUCCCUGCUUCUCUUUUAGGCAGAAAGGGAUAAAAACUGGUUUUUAAAAGCCUGUUAGAGUUGUACUUCGAUUUUACCACUCUUAGGUGAACUUAUGCUACAAGGCAUUUAUUUCAGUAUAAAUCAUACUUGGGAAAGCUGUUUAAUGCAGGUCUUCACCCACAGGCCAUUGUUUUCUCUUCAUACAACUUCCCAAAUAAUUUCCUUGUUUUCAUGAUAGUAACUUUUCUUCUUCCUGAAAGGGGAUGGGGCUUUAAGCCAUUAGUUUCACUCACGCCACAAUCUAUGCUGCAGGUUUACUUAUGCUCCAAUAUUGGUUACAAAAAGAUAGAGAUGUUCUGAAAAUCUGGGGAGGUUUUCCUCACAGAACCAAGCACCAACUUCUGCAAUACAGACAUUUCAUGAUUAAAUGGAAUUGUAGAAUUCUCUGAAAGAACAGCAUGUUCUUAAGUUCAAAAAGGAAGCCCUAUAAGUCACAGCUGAGCAGUCUCCAAGCACUAAUAUUUGAUUUUAUAGAGUACUUAAAAGUUCACACUGGCCAUUUCAAGGGAGAUUUUCUGAAUUAAAAAAUGCAGUAGAUGCUGUUUGACGUGGCACUUUGUGUUUUCGCUCAGAUGAGAGAGGGCCACUGCUGAAAGCUUCCACAGCAGUAGCGUUGCCUGCUGGUGACAGUGGUGUGAACAUGCUGGUAUACAUUGUGUAGUGACCACUGUAAAACAGAAUGUUCCACGUGUUAAAUUACUGUUUUGGUGGGCUCUCUUUUUCCUGUUCCUGGUGCAGCUGCAGAACUGCUCUGCAGAGUCAGCAGUGGUCCUGGGGAAAAGGGAUGUCUCCAGACCAGGGCUUGGGCAAGUAGAGGGGUAGCAGUUCAUGUAGUUGUUGGCCAUCUUUGAGCGGAUGAAAGAUGGUAACUUGUUUGGUUUGGUUGGUUAUCAGGAAGACAGGCAAUUAAUGUUUCUGUGUCUGGCUCUUUGUGUUUGUAGAAGGUUCUUUCACAUGACAUUUGUGAAAUGUAAGUACAGCAGAAAUGAAGCUGAAGAGUUCUGAUAUGCUGAGCACAUAGGGGUUGCCUGUACACUCAGUGUUAUAGAAAAGAAGGUGACAUGAAAAUUGAAUGCAGAGAACCAUAAGGGUUGUAAAUGUGCUUAGUUUUGUUAUGGAAACUACUGUAUAAGCUUUGUAUAAGGUUUAGAAUGUAAUGGUAUAAAUAAUGUACAGUUGAACAGUAGAAGAAUCAACAUGGGUUUACACUUCUGUGCUUGUGCAGUAUUUGCACUGUGUGUAUACAAAAUAAUCCACAGUUCAUACCUUUCUGGGAAUUGCAUCAGUGUGUGUGGGAGGGGAGGAGAGAGGAACUUAGAAGCAACAGAUAUUUAUGUCUUAGACUUGCAGUUCUGUUUCAUAAAUCAUCACUCCUAUUGAAAAUCUCCUGUCCUCUCUUUGUCUGUUUUUAUAGUGUGAAUAGCUGUGCAAUCUGAGGUGUGGAGAGUGCUCUUCUCUCUAGGUACAUUUUGUGAAGAAGGAACUCAUUUUAGAAAUACAUGUUCUGACAGAUAAAAGUGGUUGGGUUUUUUUUCCUCCUAAUUGCUUGGCUUGCCUUCUGAUUGCUAGAGUGUGAAAGUACUGUGCUAAAAGCAGACCCUUACGUUAUAUUACAGAGACUGCUGUAUUUAGAUUUACUCAAAUCUACACUGUUCUGUACAAGAUUUUUUAUUUUGAAAAUAAAAAAUUUCAGGUUUGGAAUA